CAGAUUUAGAGAUGUGUUUUUUUUCUCACAAGGUCUUGUCUCUUACUUCCUCUCUGUUCUUCUAAAACAGGGGAAAGAGAGAGAAAACGGGAGAGCGUCUUUGAAAGCUUCAACAGCCACACUAAUCAGAGCGGUUUCAGAGAAAUCCCAUGGGAGAGGAAGGCAAACCCGAUGCUCAGCUCUUUCAGCUUCUCUCGAAUCUUCUCCAGCAGGUUGAAGAACUGACGAAUCAAGAAGAAGUUGAGCUCCGUUCUAAAAUUGAAACCCUUGGAGUAGAGGUUACAAAAGUUCCUUCAAAGUCAACCCAGCACCUUAACGAGGUGGAAAUUGCCAAGGAAUUGGACAAAUUAUCAGCAAGAUUAGAUGAUCUUGAUGAGAUGAUAUCGACAUCAAUGGCUUCAGAUCCACAGGUGCAAUCACUGUUGAGUGAUACAGCUGAUGUGUGGAUGCCAGUUAUCACAGCAACCUCUGAGGAAAGACGCAAUUUCACAGCAGUUACUGGAGAUAACACCGCCCAACCAGAUGCCGAAAAGUCUCAAUAGCUUCCUAUUUUCUUGCCUUUAAGUACGGACUAUUGUUUGAAGCACUAAAAACCAGUGUUUCAAUAUAUUCUUAUUGGCGUAUCAAUCAAAUAUUGAAAUUGGGAAAAGAUAGAAAGAGGAAGAUCUACCUGUUGGGUUGAGGCAUUA